AUGUCCAGAGCAACAGCCCAAGUUUAUGGCUAUUGGUGUCAAAUUUGCUUGAAAUAUGGUCACACUGCCACAGUCAGAGGCUUUGACUUCAUUGACAGAAUAAAGACCCUUGUUGAGUUUGAAUGCCCUGGCGUGGUCUCUUGUGCUGAACUUCCCUUACUCUCACAUCUCGUGCCACUCUUCAAAGCUGAGCAGAACUCACAAGAAACACUCUUUCAGCUCAACUUCAACCACCUUUGUCUAGGUUUUCAACAUGUCUUGUGUAAUGCAGCACAAGCUCUUGAAGCUCUUGGACAUGAUUCUCCAACUCCUGCAGGCUACGGGAAGUCCACUGGAAAAGAUACCAAGGUGUACUAUAGAGGCAGACCUCCUCAAGGAAUCAGAACUGAUUGGUAUUUCACUACCUUGGAAAAUGGUGGUUCACCUGUUCAAAAUUUUUCUACUGCUGCUGAGGAUGCAAGAUUAGCGUCUCUUAUUUCACUUGAUAGAAUAUUGAAGCAAGUCAAGGAUAUAACUAAACUUUCUACUGUGAACACCAUCGAGAAAAGUAAGAAAAGAACGGUGCUUGGUUCUCUAGACAAACUGACAGAACAAAUGUCUUCACUUCUUGAAAUUGAUCAUCCAUGUGCUCAGAGGUACAUUGCAGAUGCUCGCAGAGUGGUUGAGUCAAUUCCUGAAGAAGAUGACCGCAGUCAGAACCUAUCACAUUCUCGUAUGUCAUCUACUGAUACAGGCUCUGGGUCUGGAACUGAUGUGGCACAGUGGAACGUCCUUCAAUUCAAUACGGGUAAUACCUCCUCAUUUUUAAUAAAAUGUGGAGCAAACUCAAAUUCAGAACUAAUCAUUAAAGCCGAGGCUCGAGUUCAGGAACCUAAAGAAGGUGAGAUUGUGAGGGUUGCCCCAAGGCCGUCCAUUUUGGAAAAUUUGAGCUUGGAGGAAAUGAAACAAGUAUUUGCUGAACUACCCGAGGCUCUAAGAUUGCUUGCCCUAGCAAGGACUGCAGAUGGAACUCGAGCACGAUAUUCUAGAUUAUAUAGGACUAUUUCUAAAAAAUGCAUUAGCAAUCAAAAUGACUACUUUGAACAAUAUUUUCUGUAA